AUGAAGUUUGCUAAAACUUUCUCUGCUACUCUUUCCAUUGUCCUGCUGUAUAUCACUAUAACAGAAGGUAUGUCCUUAGCAAAAUCAGCUUCAGUGUUAAGAUGCCAGUGCAUCAACCUUGCAAAGCCAGAGAAACCUAUUAAAGGUAUGAAGAGUUUGGAAAUAAUACCCAGUGGCCCCCACUGCAAAAAUACUGAAGUGAUAAUUACUCUUCAAAGUGGAAGCAGUGUUUGUAUGGAUCCAACAACCUCUUGGCUACAAAGAAUUAUCAAGAAUCAAUUGGAAAGGCAAAAUACCGAAGCAACUCAAGCACCGUCAGCUUGAGAUAUCGCUGUCAAGGCCCUCAAAGAUCAUCACAUAUUUGUUGGGUUAUUUCUAUGUUGAACAAACACGAUGUAAGACCUAUCCUUAAUACAUGCCAUC